AUGCAACAGGAUUUUUGGGUGGCUGAUUCCAAAUAUGACGUUAGUUUGUCACAGUCACAGUCGGGAUUUAGAAAAAAUCAUAGUACUGUGACUGCAUUAGUUGACAUUUGUGAUGACUACUUGAGAGCUAUAGAUAAUUCCUGCGUAACUACAACUGUUCUGCUGGAUUUAAGAAAGGCAUUUGACUGUUUAAACCACAAAAUGUUAUUGGCUAAGCUGCACUUUCUUGAUGCCGAAUACUUACAAAAGAAAAUCAUUAGCGAGGGCCAAAACAGACUGGUUCGACAUAUUAAAGAAACGCAAAAAAGUGGAUUUCCACUUACUAGAGAUGAUUUGCGAACCAUAGCUUAUAAAUUUGCUGUUCAGCUGGGCUUGAAACAUAAAUUUAAUUAUGAACUUCAGAAAGCUGGUUACGUUUGGCUGCAUUUAUUUCUCACCAGACAUCCACAAGUAUCAGUUAGAAAAGCAGAAAGUUUGUCGUUAGCGAGGUGCGCAGCAAUGUCUAGAAAGGUAGUAAUUGAUUACUUUAAAGUACUGCAGAGUGUUCUGGAAGAAGACAAUCUCUUGAAAAACCCGAAUAAUAUUUUUAAUAUGGACGAGAGUGGAUUACAAUUAAAUAGUAGUAGUAAAACAGAAAAGGGCGAGACUGUAACAAAUGUUGCCUGCUGUAACGCCGAGGUCACCUUUCUUCCUCCUGUCGCUAUUAUGAAAGGAAAAAAUUUAAAACAUGAACUUUAUGACAAUAUGCCUCCUGGUUCUCAGCUGUUUUUGUCGGAGAAGUCAGCGUACAUGAACUCCGACUUAUUCCUACGGUGGCUAAAAACACACUUUGUACCCAGGAAACCGGAAGCCACAACGCUUCACCUACUUGAUGGCCAUACCUCUCACUCUUCAUCGGUAGAAAUGCUACAGUAUGCCAAAGAACACAACAUCAUUCUUUUAUGCUUUCCUAGCCAUUGUACGCAUUAUCUGCAACCACUCCACCAGUCGGUAUUCAAUAAAUCGCUUAAAAGCGCAUUUUAUAAAAGCUGUCAGCUGUGGCUUAAACAACAUGCAGGAAGACGCAUUACUAGAUACCAAUUUGGAGAGCUCCCAUCGGAUUGUUGGGGUAAAUCUGCCAAGCCGGAAAAUGCCCCUUCAGGCUUUAGAGCUACCGGUAUCUACCCUUUUAAUCUGGACAUAAUCCCGGAUUAUGCAUUUUCCAUUGCCGAUCACCUAGGUGCUAAUGAAAUGUCAAGAUCACAUCAUGAAGAAAGACAAAACAGGGAUACUACACCAUCACCAAUGCCGCAAGUUGAAGGUGGAGUGCCACUUUUGCCGUCUGAAGAGCCUAACGAAAUAGAAAACGAAACACCAAGCAAAUUAUUGCAAGAACUUUCACCUGUGCCAAAGCUUCGAAUCGAGUCUACAAAAAAAAGAUCAAAAUCCAUCGCAAAUAUUCUAACAUCUGUGAACUUCUUAGAAUCAAAGAAAAAUACCCAGAAAAACAAACAAACCUCGAAAAAAAAUAACAAUUUGAAAAAUAUGCCUUCAACUAGUUCUGGCAAAAGAGCAAAUUUUGGCAACAAAAGGGCCAAGAGUAGGACAAAAAUAAGAAAGAGGACUAAAAGAGAUCAAAAACCUCUUCGGAUUCGCAAGUUUCAUCCUCUGAUAGUGAUCCAUCAAGAGACGAGGACGAUGAUAUCUGUUUUGUUUGUGGAGAGUUCGGAAAAGACAACGAAUUAUGGUUUAGAUGCAUCGUAUAUGGCCAUCUUACCUUCUAUCAUGUGGCCAUCUCUACUAAACACUAUAGCAGAGAUGGCCCACAUAUAA